AUGCCUUCUUCCCAACGGCGGCUUCGACUGAUCGUCGUUGCGGCCAUCGCGCUUCUUUUCAUGGUCUUUUACUACACUGGCGAUGCAAGCAAAAUCCAAAAUCAAAAGUUCUAUCGGUCAACCCUCGACGCAAUGAAAGCGAAAGAGCAAGCUAAGCAGGCCAAGGGCCAAGAGAAGAUCCAGAAUCUCGUGCAUGCGCCCGGACAGAAUGGUGCUGCCGGUGCGGGUGCGGGUGACAAGGUGCCCGUCGCCGAGGUCGAGAAAGCUGCUGUUCCUCCUGCUACAGGGAAUGAAGAUACGGAGGAUAUCCCGAUUGCGGGGCGGACGAAGAUGACCGUUCCCAAGAAGGUGAAUCAGGAUGUGCCGGCAGAGGUUCAGUCGGAGAUUAAGAGCGAGGAGGAGAAGGAGCGCGAGGAAAAAGCGAAGAGAGAGCGCGAGGAGAAAGAGAGAAAAGAGGCCGAGGCGACAACGGAGCUUAAUGCGAUUCUUAAGCGGGCUCCAGUCAUCGUAUUCUCCAAAUCCUACUGCCCCUACAGCAAGAAAGCCAAGUUGAUCUUGCUGGAGCACUACUCUAUCGAGCCAAAACCGUUCGUGGUCGAAUUGGACCAGCACCCGCUUGGGCCGUAUCUGCAGGCCCUGCUCGCAAAGAGCACGGGGCGUCGCACUGUGCCAAAUGUCCUCGUGAGCGGGAAGAGCAUAGGUGGCGGAGACGAUAUUGCGGAAUUGGAUCAGAGCGACGAGCUGGCUUCGACGCUGCGACAAAUGGGUGGGAAAUGGAUCGUGGAUGUAUCGCACCACGAGGUUGAGAAAUCACUGUGA